AUGUAAUCAUCUCCGAUUGGCUGGCGAAGUUGCCUGCCUGCCCUCCGCAUUCUGGCGACACAACUUCUGCUCAAGACAUGAUGUCAACUUCUGUCCUCUUGCGCGCACCGCUGUCCAAGACAUUUGCAUCGACGGCAGGUUUCCGCGUGUUGCGAUCACCCCAAGUGAGACAUGCUGCCAGUGCAUCGGCACAGUACGUUCCAGGUGGACCCAUCUACAAGGGUACGGUCAAUGACCCGACUACCUUUCCCCCGCCAUCCAAGAUGCAUGGAUCAUACCAUUGGUCGUUCGAGCGUCUCUUGGCUGCAUCCCUCGUUCCAAUGACUGCUGCUGCAUUCGUCACCUCUGUGUCUAGCUACCCCGUCUUUGAUGGACUCUUCGGCAUAGGCUUGGUGAUGCACAGUCACAUCGGGUUUGACUGUAUGCUUGUGGACUAUCUUCAUCCGCGCAAGUUUCCGUUUCUUGGAAACUUCAUGAGAUGGACACUCCGGACAAUGACACUUGGUGUUCUCGUUGGGAUUUACCAGUUCAACACAAACGAUAUCGGUUUGACGGAGCUGAUCGCGAAGGCUUGGAAGGCAUGAUUAGGCGACCUAUUCCGCUAAAUCCGCAGAGUAAAAAGUUGUAAAGAGGUCGCUUGUGCAUUUUAUCCCGCAUAACUCCACCAAUAGGGAACUAGCUAUUGUUUUAUUCUGGUAAUGCGGUGUUUUUCGCAGGUC